GCCGGUACGGGAAAACUUAAUCGCAACGACGCCAACGAGUGAAGAGUCUUCUUCCUAUCUACGGAGAGAGACACAGAAACCGAUCAAAAAACACAGAUUUAAUUAACAGAGCGCGAGCAUAGAGAUCCAGCAAACGAGUCAAUAGUUCAAUUCGGGCCUCUACCCCGUGACACAGAAAACAUCCUGCCAGUUCAGAAAUCGGAGGAGGACCGGAGGAUCGAAGCAAGCUUUGACAUCAUCACUAUGAUCUCGCAGUUCUUCGUCCUCUCGCAGCGCGGCGAUAAUAUUGUCUUCCGCGACUAUCGCGGUGAUGUGCAAAAGGGGAGUGCGGAGAUAUUUUUCAGGAAAGUGAAGUUCUGGAAAGAUGAUGGAGAAGAAGAAGCGCCACCUGUAUUUGUAGGUUUUAUGUUUCUGAAUAAUGUUGGGGUAGUAGUAUCAGUUUGGACUUACAAUCUGCUUUAUGUUUACUUAUUUCUUCUUUUUCUGUUUAUUCAACAGAAUGUGGAUGGUGUGAACUACUUUCAUGUGAAGGUCGUUGGGCUAUUAUUUGUUGCAACAACUAGAGUUAAUAUGUCGCCUUCUCUAGUCUUGGAACUUCUACAACGAAUUGCUCGUGUUAUCAAAGACUACCUAGGGAUUCUCAAUGAAGAUUCUAUUCGGAAAAAUUUCGUGCUUGUCUAUGAGUUGCUUGAUGAAGUCAUUGAUUUUGGUUAUGUACAAACUACAUCUACAGAAGUUUUGAAGUCAUAUGUCUUUAACGAGCCCAUUGUGAUUGAUGCUGCCCGUUUGCAACCUCUCAAUCCUGCUUCCAUGUUCAUGCAAGGGACCAAACGCAUGCCAGGUACCGCAGUAACAAAAUCAGUGGUUGCAAAUGACCCUGGGGGUAGGAAGAGGGAGGAAAUAUUUGUGGACAUAAUUGAGAAAAUCAGUGUGACGUUCAGCUCCAGUGGAUAUAUAUUAACAUCUGAAAUUGAUGGCACAAUUCAAAUGAAGAGCUACCUUAGUGGAAAUCCAGAAAUUCGUUUAGCUCUUAAUGAGGAUCUCGCAAUUGGAACAAGUGGAGGGAGAGCUACAUAUGAUUAUAGGAGUUCAUCGGGUUCCGGGUCGGUGAUUCUUGAUGAUUGUAACUUCCAUGAAUCCGUUCGUCUUGAUAGCUUUGAUAUAGACAGAACUUUGUCACUGGUGCCACCAGAUGGUGAAUUCCCUGUUAUGAAUUAUCGCAUGACCCAGGAAUUCAAACCUCCCUUCCGCAUUAACACAUUGAUUGAAGAGGCAGGAAGCCUUAGGGCUGAAGUGAUUCUGAAGAUCUCUGCGGAGUUCCCUUCAAAUAUCACGGCAAACACAAUCAUUGUGCAGAUGCCACUGCCAAAGUAUACUGCCAGGGCUACUUUUGAGUUGGAGGCUGGAGCAGUUGGGCAGACAACGGAUUUUAAGGAAUCAACUAAGAGGCUUGAAUGGGGUUUAAAAAAGGCGAGCUUCCUUAGAUAUAUCUCUGGUGGAUCUGAGCACACAUUACGCGCGAAGCUGACAUUUUCUCAGGAGUUGCACGGAAAUAUAACAAAAGAAGCUGGGCCAGUCAGCUUGACAUUUACAAUACCGAUGUACAAUGUUUCCAAGCUUCAGGUGAAGUACUUGCAAAUAGCGAAGAAAUCAAGCAGUUAUAAUCCAUACAGGUGGGUGAGAUAUGUAACCCAGGCCAACUCCUAUGUCGCACGCAUAUGAUGAUGACGAUUCAUUCAGAGGAGUGGUAACCGGUUAACCGUUUCCCUGGGUGCUGUAUCUUUAUCCAAACAGAAGAAAUACUUGGUAGAGACUCUCAUGGAUUUCUGUCUUGCAUAUGAAGAUGCACCUUGUUAUCUCCGACUUGUUCAAUUUUGUCGAUGCAAAUCGUGUCGUCUGCAUAUCGAGUUCAAAUGAGAUGCAACUGUUUAUUUGUUCAUCAGACUCUCCUUUCCCCAAGCCUCAAGUUCCAGAACUGCUAAAACCUGAGCUCCCACCUUUCCCAAAACUUGGAGUUCCACAGCUGCCCGAGAUAACAAAACCUGAACUUCCAAAAGUAGCAGAAGAACCCACUACUCCUUGAAUCUUUGUUUCCCAACUCGGUCAUGCUACUUAUUCUACCUGUUGAAGGUGGCGGCGGCUACAUCUACUAGUUGCUCAUGCCCUCAUUAGCCAUAUGAGGUCUGGUUUGAAUACCAGCAUUUUAAUUUUUGUUAUCAAAUACGUUUGUCUGAUUACUUUUGUGUAUCGAUUUUGUACCCUUUUAUGCUUAGUGUAAUUAUUAUACUUCAUCAUAUGAUUUUUAUAUUGAAAAGAACAUUAUUCCAUUUCUAUUUAUGGU